CUGUACAAGUGCAUUAUUCUCUCACUGCCAUCUGCCGGCUAUCUUCUCUGCCCUAACAUAAGAGUUGGUUUAGGGGUUUUUGAAAUUUGUCCUUGGGAUCUUCAGUCUCAACAAAGUUUUAAUCAUGGUUCUUCUGCAGCCAGACCCUUUUCUUAAUGAACUUACGAGCAUGUUUGAGCGAAGCACUGAGACCGGCUCUGUUUGGGUUACUCUUAAACGAUCAUCUUUGAAGUCGAAGGUUCAAAGGAACAAACUGAAGACUGCUCAACAGCCCAUCGAAUAUCGAUGCCUUAUUCGUGCAACUAAUGCAAAAAAGACAAUUUCUACUUCGGUGGGAGUGAAGGAUCACCAGCGCUUCCAAGCAUCGUAUGCCACCAUUCUGAAGGCUCAUAUGGCUGCAUUGAAGAAGAGGGAGAGAAAGGACCGGAAAAAGGCAGUGGAGGAUAAGAAAGAAAGUGGUUCAAAGAAGCCAAAAAGAGCUUGAAGGACAUCUCUUCCAGCUGUUGUUUAAACUUUCCAUUUUCGUCCAGCUUUCAUCCUCACCUCGAAUAUGGUUAGGUUCUUUUCUUUUUUUCUUGAAAACCCCAAAACAUUCUUUUGGUUUAAGCAAAUUACAUUGAUUGAAGACUUGGAAUUUUGGUUGAAUGCCCCUGAGGUAUGAUUUC